AUGCUAAUUGUUCAGCGGUUAUUAUUGAAAAGCGCAGCUAGGGGUUCUUCCCUAGUAGGCAAGGUACAUCCUUGUUUAAGGUCUAUCGCUCUACACUCUAGACAUUUAUCUAAUGUAUGCUCGUUACAAGCAGAUGUCAGUAGAUCACUGCGGAUCAAUAAAGCAUGGAAACAGAGUAAAUUGGCAACCCCAAAUCACUUAAAUAUCAUCAGUAGACGCCCUCUGUUCACAAAAACCAGUCACGCCUGUGCGAAGUGCCAGAAAACGUCACAAUUACUAAAAACAACUAAAAUGACCAGUAACACUCCAAAACGUGAAAUUCUUCCUGAUAAUGUCGUUCCUUUACACUAUGAUUUAACUGUGGAACCUGAUUUCAAAACGUUCAAAUUUGAAGGCUCAGUUAAAAUCGAGCUGAAAAUCAACAAUCCUGCAAUUGACACAGUAAAAUUGAACACCGUCGAUAUCGACAUUCACUCUGCGAAAAUUGGUGAUAUCAAAGCUUCUGAGAUUACCACCGCUGAAGAGGAGCAACAAGUCAUCACAUUUGUGUUUCCUAAAGGGACCCUGUCUUCUUUCAAGGGUAAUGCAGUUUUGGAUAUAAAGUUUACCGGUAUUUUAAAUGAUAAUAUGGCUGGCUUUUAUAGAGCAAAAUAUGAAGACAAAUUAACUGGCGAAACAAAGUAUAUGGCUACUACUCAAAUGGAACCUACGGAUGCCAGAAGAGCCUUUCCAUGUUUUGAUGAGCCUAAUUUGAAAGCCUCCUUUGCUAUUACUUUAGUUUCGGACCCAUCCUUGACUCACCUAUCCAACAUGGAUGUCAAGAACGAAUACGUAAAGGAUGGAAAAAAAUUCACUUUGUUUAAUACAACUCCUAAAAUGUCAACAUAUCUUGUUGCUUUCAUUGUUGCUGAAUUGAAAUACGUUGAAUCCAAGAACUUUCGUAUUCCCGUCAGAGUUUACGCUACCCCAGGUAAUGAAAAUCAUGGUCAGUUUGCCGCUGAUUUGACUGCCAAGACUUUGGCAUUUUUUGAAAAGACUUUUGGCAUUCAAUAUCCUCUGCCCAAAAUGGACAAUGUUGCCGUUCAUGAAUUUUCUGCAGGGGCUAUGGAAAAUUGGGGGUUAGUCACAUAUAGAGUGGUUGACCUACUACUAGACAAAGAAAAUUCUACAUUAGAUCGUAUUCAAAGAGUCGCUGAAGUGGUUCAACAUGAAUUAGCUCACCAGUGGUUUGGUAACCUAGUUACCAUGGACUGGUGGGAAGGCCUAUGGCUAAAUGAAGGGUUUGCGACUUGGAUGUCAUGGUAUUCAUGUAACGAAUUUCAACCAGAAUGGAAAGUUUGGGAACAGUAUGUUACCGAUACCUUACAACAUGCCCUAGGCCUUGACUCUUUGAGGUCCUCUCAUCCGAUCGAAGUUCCUGUAAAAAAAGCUGAUGAAAUUAAUCAAAUCUUUGAUGCUAUUUCUUACUCGAAAGGUGCUUCUUUACUAAGAAUGAUUUCGAAAUGGUUAGGUGAAGAAACUUUUAUUAAAGGUGUGUCCCAAUACCUGAAUAAGUUUAAAUACGGUAACGCGAAGACUGAAGACCUAUGGGAUGCUUUAGCAGACGCAUCCGGUAAGGACGUUCGCUCUGUGAUGAAUAUCUGGACUAAAAAAGUUGGUUUCCCAGUUAUCUCAGUUAGCGAAGACGGUAACGGUAAAAUAACAUUCCGCCAAAAUCGUUACUUGAGCACGGCUGAUGUCAAAGCCGACGAAGAUAAAACCAUCUAUCCUGUAUUUUUGGCCUUGAAAACUAAAGAUGGAGUUGACAGCUCCGUUGUGUUGACUGAAAGAAGCAAAACUAUUGAACUAGAAGACCAUACAUUUUUCAAAGUUAACAGCGAGCAAUCUGGAAUUUACAUAACAUCCUACAGCGAUGAAAGAUGGGCAAAACUGGGUCAACAAGCCAACUUGUUGUCUGUUGAGGAUCGUGUCGGUCUGGUUGCUGAUGUCAAAACAUUAUCUGCCUCUGGCUAUACCUCGACUACUAAUUUCCUAAAUUUGGUUUCCAAAUGGAACAAUGAAAAGUCGUUUGUCGUCUGGGAGCAAAUAAUCAAUAGCAUAUCUUCAUUGAAAUCUACUUGGUUGUUUGAACCAAAGGAGACCCAGGAUGCGCUUGCUAAUUUCACGAAACAAUUAAUAAGCGGCAUGACGCACCACUUGGGUUGGGAAUUCAAAUCCUCUGAUUCGUUCUCCACUCAACGUUUGAAAGUGACCAUGUUCGGUGCUGCUUGCGCCGCAAGAGAUGCACACGUUGAGAAAGCUGCUCUAAAAAUGUUUACUGAUUAUUGCAGUGGUAAUAAGGAAGCCAUUCCAGCGUUGAUUAAACCAAUCGUAUUUAACGCUGCAGCAAGAGUUGGUGGUACAGAAAACUACGAAAAAGUUUAUAAAAUCUACUUAGAUCCCAUCUCUAACGAUGAAAAGUUGGCCGCACUAAGAUCUUUGGGUAGGUUUAAAGAACCUGAAUUAUUGGAAAGAACCUUAGGUUAUUUGUUCGAUGGUACUGUCUUGAAUCAAGAUAUAUAUAUCCCAAUGCAAGGAAUGAGGGCUCAUCAAGAAGGUGUCGAGGCUUUGUGGAGUUGGGUGCAAAAGAAUUGGGAUGAACUUGUGAAGAGACUGCCUCCCGGUCUUUCAAUGCUAGGUUCUGUUGUCACAUUAGGUACUUCCGGUUUUACAUCCGUGCAAAAAAUAGAUGAGAUUAAGAAGUUCUUCGCCAGAAAAUCUACAAAAGGUUUCGAUCAAAGUUUGGCUCAAUCACUGGACACCAUUACUUCGAAAGCGCAGUGGGUUAACAGAGACCGUGACGUGGUAAGCAAGUACUUGAAGGAAAAUGGUUACUUUUAA